AUGGAGGUCAUUGAUCGUCGCUCCGCUCUACUUUCUAACUACGAAGUCUUGACCCUCCUGCGCGAACUCGAGAGCGACCACCUUGCCAAAGCGCGAACCGCUUUGCGCAUCAAAAAGGAAGAGGAGGCGUCGGGGUCUCUCGUCAAGCAUCAUGCUGUACAGGAGGAAGUCUGCGAAAAUUUGAGGACCAUCGAGGUUGAGGCGAUCCAAUACCUGUCUGCUGAUUACCAGCCCACUGGGUCGCAGAGUGAGAACGGCAUAGUGCAACUCACGAAGAGCCUUGCCACCUAUGACCUUACGAAAGCGGAGAAGCUUCAAGUUGUCAAUUUGGCUCCUACAGAGCCUGUUGAGCUCUACGUGGUGGGUAAACCAGUGUCAUCUAGUUCCGCUUGCGACCCACUAUUCCCCGGGCACCACGACACGGCGAAGGGGCAAGCUAUGCACGUCAGUGCCACAGCCCGUCCACAUGGCCACCAAAGACCUCACAGGCCAUCACCUAGUGCUGAACAGCAUAGCUCUGGGUGUGGAUGCAUAGUCAUGUAA